AUGGAAGUUCGAGUUCCGGAGAUUAAAAUGUCCGGGACGGAGGCUCAUGGCGGCGACACGAGUCCCACGCGUCAGCCGAGACAGACGAGGAUUCACAGCGUCGGUCUACCGGCUCGAACAUCCCUGCUUCCGGAACCACCGCCCACCGGAUGCGGCGAUCCACCGCCGAUACCGCGACGACAUUCCGCCGCGCCCGCGGUAGCUCCCCCACCGAUUCCUCUGCGGCCUCCAGCGAUCCCGAAGAGGCGGAAAAACGAGAAACCGAUACCGGUACAGUUGCCCGCGCAGAAUCGACGGAAAGCCAGCGACCCGACACCGUCCACCGCGUCGUUGCUCGCCUGGGACCAGGAGAGCGAGAAACUGAUCGACCUGGGCCCGUACCGGUCCCAAGAUCAUCAGCACCCCGCGCAAGAAUACUCGUUGAACUUCCCAGGCAAGGAGGUGUCGGGGGAGGAGAGCGAUUUCGUGGCGGACUUCGACAAAGCGAACUUCGAGGAGGACGACUGCAAGCUCAGCCAGAAGUCGAGCUUCGAGGAGCUGCAGAAGGCCUCUCGCGAUCUCGAGAAGAGGCUGCACGAGAGGAUCGUGAAGAGUGCCGAGACGAAGUUCAAAGAUCGUCAGCCAGGCGGGGAUGGACAACAGAGGCUGGGAGCUGGCGGGCAGAAUACGAGGCUUCUGUCAUCGAAGCUGGGGGAGCAGGAGGCUGAGAUGGACGGCUGCGAGGAAGCCGUUGACGAAAAGAUUCGGGAAAAAUUGGCUCAAUCGCGACGGGAGGCCCAGCACGUGGACGAGACGAAGUUCGCGGCGUUGUUGAGGUCGCGUCGCGAAGCGGAGAAAAGAUGCAAGUUCGAGGAGCUUCAGGCGGCCUCGAGGAAGCUCGAGAGACGGCUCCAAGAGGAGGACGAGAAUCUCCGCGCGAUCAAGGAGAGGCCAGCUACCAGAUACGACGAGCUGCAGAGAGCCUCGCAGGACCUCGAGAGGCGGUUGCAUUCGGAUCAGAAGUCCCCCCAGGAACCUCGAGGAAAGUACGAGACGGAGAUGGACAGAGCGAGAUGCAUACUGCAGCACAGCCUCAGGAAGGACAGAUGCUGCUCGGAAAAACUAGAGAAACUGCCGAAGGCGACGCAGACGAAUCUUCCGCCGCCUCUAAGCGCAAUUUCCCAGAGCCCUGUACCGAAACCCAUCAGCGUCAGACAGGACAGUAACGUUUCCUCCGACAGUUUCAGCCAGACCAGCUCGCCCAGCUACACCAGCAAGACAAUGGAGGCUCCCCUCCUACCCCAUAAGCACGGCAAGGUCCCAGACAGGGCGCUGGUGUCCGAGCCGGACACGACGGGCAGGACGAUCACGAAAUCGACCAGCACGCCGGCCAGUCUUCAGGCGAUCGUCAGGGUUCACGGGGGCAACAGUGGCUCGCUGCAUCAUAAGAUCAUUAGGGACAUGACCAACAGCCACUACGUGACCACUGGGAGGCUUCGGUUCAGGUUCGUCCAGGUGUUCUUCAACGCGGUCGCGCUUCUGAUCAUCGCCGGCGGUCUUGCUGUAUACUUUAAAUCCUAUCCGGAGACAGUGAUACGACUGGAGAACAAAACAAUUUACACGAACAUGAUCACGAUGACGGAACGGGCGCCGCGGAUGAUCGAGGAGAAGAAUCCAGCGCCUGGGGUCUGUCUCCCAAUAAUAGUGACCUUCUGCAAGUACCACAAGAUCCCGUACAAUUUCACCGUCUUCCCGAAUUACAUGGGCAACUUCGGCCAACGGGACGCCCAGCACGAGCUAGAGCUCUACGAAUCCGUGAUCGACGUCAGAUGCUACGAAUUGGCGGCCCUCUUCCUAUGCAGCAUCUUCGUGCCGAAAUGCGGGUCUAGGGGACAUCUCGUGCGUCCUUGUCGUAGCCUUUGCUUCCAAACCAAAAGACGCUGUGGGUUCUUCCUGGACGUGUUCGGUCUGACCUUGCCCGACUAUCUCGAGUGCGAGCUGUUCCCGGAGAACUCGAAUCCAGACGAGUGCGUGGGACAUCGUGAGGUACUGGAGGCAGCCAGGAGAGCAGAGAAACCCGUAUGCACCAGCGGUUUCCAAUGCGACGGCACUAGAUGCAUUCCGGUCGACUGGCGAUGCGACGGCCACUUGGAUUGCGCCGAUCACAGCGACGAAAUUGGAUGCGGGGAUUGCAGCUUGUUCUCACCCUCCGCUGCGUUCACCACGAAGAUCGUGAAAAAACCGAUCCUCGCGAAGAACAACGUCUCGAAAUCGCCAUGGCACUGCGGCGACAGGAGGUGCAUGUCCACCAGCCACAUCUGUAACGGCGUGAUGGAUUGCCCGUGGGGCCAGGACGAACGCUAUUGCUUGAAGCUCAGCCUGAGGAACGGGGACGUAGGUGAAGGACGACUGGAAGUUUAUCACUCAGAAAUGGGAAAGUUCAUGCCGGCUUGCAUAUCGCAUUGGGAACCAAACUCCGCGAAAGCGAUCUGCUCCAUGCUCGGUUACACGGAGGUGGAUUCAUCCAGAUUGAUAGCCCACGAUAACAACGUCACCCAACGGAACGCGAACUCCAGCGAAACGAAUCUUCUUAAGGAAUUCCAGGAAUGCAUCACCGAUCAGGAAGCUUACCCCACGGUCGAGCUGACGUGCUCCGAAUAUGCUUGUGGCCGACGAACGCCAGUCUACGGUAACUCGAAGGUGAAGACAAGAAUCGUAGGGGGCGUCGAAUCGGCACCAGGCGAUUGGCCGUUUUUAGCUGCCCUUCUGGGCGGUCCAGAGCAGAUCUUCUACUGUGCUGGGGUCUUGAUCGCCGAUCAAUGGGUUCUAACAGCUUCUCACUGUGUUGGCAAUCGCACGGAUGUGUCCGGUUGGACGAUACAGCUGGGAAUAACCAGGCGGCAAUCCCACACCUAUCUCGGCCAGAAGCUGAAGGUGAAGAGAGUGGUGCCUCAUCCUAAUUACAACGUGGUCGUCGCUAACGACAACGACGUGGCUCUUUUCCAGUUGGAGAAGCGAGUCCAGUUUCACGAGCACCUCAGACCCGUCUGUUUGCCAACCGCUGACACGCACCUUGUGCCGAACACUAUGUGCACCGUGAUCGGUUGGGGCAAGAAGAACGACACCGACUCGUCCGAGUACGAACCAACUGUGAACGAGGUGCAGGUUCCAGACGUGUCAGAAAUUCCCUUUGACUUUGAACGACAUAAUGUCGACACUUUAUUGAUGUGCAAUCGUAUCGAACCUAAAGUUUUCUCGAUUCUGAGCUUUCCAGAGCUUCCAAACUCUGGCGACUCUGGGGGUCCCUUGCUCUGUCGAGACGAGCACGAGGAGGAGAAAUGGUUCGUCGGAGGUAUCGUCAGUUGGGGCAUCAUGUGCGCCCACCCAAAAUUACCAGGCGUGUACACCUACGUGCCGAAAUAUGUGCCAUGGAUCCGUAGCGAGAUGAAAAAGUACUCGGACGUGGGUAUGGGUUAA